UACCAGUCGUGCCGUUCGUCAUGACAGGCCGCCUUCACAGGCGACUUAUAUAACGGUCAGCUGUCUUUCAGUGGCAAUACCAGCGUCCACCAUGAGCAAGGUCGCAGUUCUUUUCGUCAGCGUGGCUGUCCUGGCUGCAGUCCUGCCUAGUGCCGUACACAGUGCAAGGUCCCUCGAGGAGACAAAAGGAGUUCUUCUCGCGGUGAGGGCCGCUCUGCUGAAAGCCACGGGCAACAUUCUCGAUGAGAAAACCUUAGCCCGCAAACCGGACAUCCUGACCCAAUGCGUUGGCAAGCUCAAGCAAGCCACCGACACCCAGAUUCUCUCUCAGUGCGUCGAACGCUGCAAGAAAAAGGCACUUGACCAGACGAAGGCGUCCACGACGCUGAGGCAAACCCUCAUCUAUUUCGUCGACGAAGGGACGACGGCACCCUACACAACUGAGGGGCUACUCCGAGUCGCAGACAUUAUCAAGUGUGGCACUACUUUCUCACCAGGCAAAAAGAACUGAAAGUUUUGGUUUCUUGUGCACAAUUUCUUCCAGCAUGUGCGCUGUAAGAACUGAUUAAAUGUACUCUUCUGGUAAAA